UGCCGCUCCUUUCAAGCAGAUUUGGGGCAGGAAGGGGGGCCUUUGGCGUGCUCCCCUCCCCAGCGUUUUCCAAAGCAUGCCUGGAUGCCGGAUGGAGUAAAUGAGCAAAGGCAAAGGAAGCCGAGCCAAAGCAGCCGCUGUCUGAACUCAGGGAUUAAGGAGGCAGGGACAGCGCAAGGAAAUGGAGCCUAUCCCUCAACUCUUCCGCGCCGUGACUUUGCUGCUGUUCGGCUUCUGGCGUCUGGGAUCGGCGGCACCCAACUAUAAUUGUGAGGAGACACUGAUUUUCUCGUUACCUGCGACAGCCUUUGACAGCUCCUCUGAGCUCUCCAGCAGACACAGCCCCAGCUUUGCAAAGCUUAAUGGACGGGAUGGAGCCGGUGGCUGGUCCCCAUUGGAUUCUAGCCAGGAACAAUGGCUGCAGAUUGAUUUGGGGGACAGAAUGGAAAUUACAGGUGUUGCAACUCAAGGAAGGUACAGAAGCUCAGACUGGACAACAAGCUACUUUCUAAUGUUCAGUGAUACAAGUCGCAACUGGAAGCAGUAUAGAGAAGAAGACAUCAUCCGGGUCUUCCAAGGAAAUACCAAUGCUGACAGUAUUGUACAGCACAGGUUUCUGCACUCGGUGAAAGCUCGCUUUGUGCGCUUCAUCCCUCGGAAAUGGAGUCCAAGUGGAAAAAUAGGCCUGAGGGUUGGGGUCUUUGGAUGUUCAUACAAAUCUGAUAUUGCUGACUUUGAUGGGAGGAGCUCCCUCCUCUACAGGUUCAACCAAAAGCUGAUGAGUACAUUCAAAGAUGUUGUUUCGCUGAAGUUCAAAAGCAUGCAGGGAGAUGGGGUCCUGUUUCAUGGAGAAGGGCAGCGUGGAGAUUAUAUUACACUGGAGCUGCAGAAAGGAAAGCUUUCUUUGCACAUCAACCUAGGAGAUGCCAAGCUGCGUUUCAGUAACAGCCACACAUCAGUCACCUUGGGCAGCCUCCUUGAUGAUCAACACUGGCACUCGGUUCUGAUUGAGCGAUUCAAUAAGCAAGUGAACUUCACGGUGGACAAACACAUGCAGCAUUUCCGGACGAAGGGAGAUUCUGAUGAUUUGAACAUUGAUUACGAGCUCAGUUUUGGAGGAAUCCCAGUCCCAGGAAAACCAGGAACUUUUCUGAAGAAAAAUUUCCAUGGCUGCAUUGAGAACCUUUAUUACAAUGGAGUCAAUAUCAUUGACCUGGCAAAAAGGCGGAAGCCACAAAUCUACACAGUGGGUAAUGUGACCUUUACCUGCUCAGAACCACAAAUCACUCCCAUCACCUUUGACAGCACCAACAGCAGUUACUUGCUGUUGCCAGGUACUCCCCAGCUUGACGGCUUGUCAGUUAGUUUCCAGUUUCGAACAUGGAACAAGGAUGGUUUACUCCUGUCCACUGAGCUGUCAGAAGAUUCUGGUUUACUCCUGUUAUAUCUCCAACAUGGAAGGAUAGUACUCAUCAUCCAGAAAGCAACAGAGAAAUAUGUUGCCAUCAGUGCAGGUAUUGCACAUCUAAUAGAAACAUUUUUUUUCUUUUUCAUCUUUUGUUUCUAAUAUUAAAUGCAUCAUUAAGUUUAUUUAUUUAUAUGCUGGUUUUCCAAAUUAUGCUAAAGCAGCUCACAAGUACAGUAAACAAAUCUGUA